GCUAUCGCCAUGGAUCGGGUUCAGGUCACGCCGCGGAGCUAUCCCACCAACCUCAUCGAUAAAGACUGGGCAAACCGAAAGCUUUUGUAUAGGGCAGACUCGGAGCAAUUUCUAGGUCUGGUGCACGAUUUGAAGCUCAGAGAUGACGAUGUUUGGAUCGUAACUCUGCCGAAAUGUGGAACCACUUGGAUGCAGGAGCUACUUUGGUUGCUGCUCAACAACUGCGACUUCCAGGGCGCGUUGACCAAGGAUCUGGAGCUACGAACUCCGUAUCUCGAGUUCAAUUUCCUCGUUUUUAAAGACCUGAACCGCGCAUUCGAGCCUAUCGAGGAACUAAAGUCCCCACGACUGCUUAAGUCACACCUUCCGCUGGCUCUCCUGCCCACGAAACUUUGGGAAGGAAAGCACAAAGUGAUCUAUGUGUUCCGCAACCCUCUGGACUCCUCUGUCUCCCGGUAUUACCACGGGGUAACUUUUGGUUUUCACUACGGGAAGACACUGCACGAGUACUUCGAUGAGCUGUUGGCCAAGGAUGACUUCGCAACGGAGUACAUUGAACAUGCACAUGAGUUCUACCAGCUGAGAAACGAGCCUUGGGUCUUCUAUACCAGCUUUGAAAUGAUGAAGAAAGAUCUGCGAGGAGUGAUCAACGAUGUCUCCAGGUUUCUGGAUAAACCCAUCAACGAUCAGCAAAUGGAGCAACUGCUGAAGCAUUUGUCAUUCGCGGAAAUGAAGAAAAAUCCCACAACGAAUCAUCUGUGGGAGUUGGCCCAGUCUCAACACGAAAACGCUGGGAAAGAGCGGCAUUCAUUUGUGAGACGUGGGGAUGUCAAUGGCUACAAGGACGAACUGAAGCCCGAGCAAAUUGAGAAGGCGAAUGCCCGCAUACAAGAGGUUCUUGCGAAGAACGGAGUGACUUUGGACGAACUACUGCUCCUAAAUGCUCCAUAAGAUACGCAUUAAGAUAAGUGAUUAUAAAACUAUAGUUCUUUGUAAAGAAUAAAGAUAGUGCAAUGUAUAGCUGUUUUGAGUGCUUAGAAGUAGAUAACAGAGAGCGAAGCUGUUUGAAGAAUAAAAU